AUGUGGUCUCUGCUUGGGUUCUCGGAGGAGAACCCUCCGGAAGAGUCGCAAGACGCAACGGCAGCCAGCCCCCCGACGCCCUCCCACCAAGAUGUCCCUGCCUCGCCUUCUGCCACUGAGGGAAAGGAAGUAGCAGGAGUGGCCAGUUCAGCAUCUCCGGAGACGAAGGCCGAUGCCCCUUCAGACUCGCCACCCGCGACGCCUACCUCUGGCGGCGGCUUUUGGUCGUUCUGGGGCGCGUCGACGCCCGCGGAGCCGGAGCCAGCCGCCACGACUCCUGUCUCCUCGACCGCCGCCGCUGUGGAGACGCCGGACUCUGGGAUCUCGGAGACACCCGGUCCGAGUGGGGUUUCAUCGAGCGCUGCAGAGUCGGGCGGCGACGAGAAGCAGAAGAAGAAAAAGAAGAAGGAGAGCGGGAAGGGGGACGAGGCAGUGGCUGAGAAAAAGAAGAAGAAGAAGGAGAGCGAGAAGGGAGGCGAGAUGGUGGCCGAAAAGAAGAAAGGGGAGAGCGAGGAGAGGUCGUCGAAGCUCGUAUCAGGCAGCGACGUCGAGGCCUUUCGUGCGCGCCUCGAGCAAAUAGAGCUGCAGAAGAAAGCCAAGGAAGAGGCGAAGGUGAAGAGGAAGGAAGACGAGAAGAAGCAGAAGGAGGAAAAGCGGGAGCAGAGGGGGCGCGAGCGCGAGGAAAGGGAGAAGAAGAAGCAGGAGAAAGAAGCGGCGAGAAUCGCGGAACUAAAGAGACUGGAGGAAGAGCUGAAGAGAACGCAGGAGCUGGCAGAGGAGCUUGAGAAGCAGAAUGAAGAAAGGAAAAACAAAAGAAAGGGCGAUCGCGGAGAGAGCAGCUCCCGCGGGUCCUCGUCGUCUCCGUCCUCAGGGCGCAGUCGCCGCGAGGCGUCGGAAGAGCGACGCAAGGCCCGGGAGGAGCGAGAGAAGAGGCGCCGAGAAGAACAAGCGGGACUGGAGGAACUCCUCGAGGCUACAGAGCGCGAGCUGACAGAAACCGCACGCAGUUUGCAGGAGUCGAUCGAUCGCCAGAGAGAAGAACGCGAAGAAUUGGAGAGGCGGCGCCAAGCGCAAGUCGAACGAGAGAUGGAAAUCCGCCAGCUCGCUGAAGAGGCAACCAGAGCGCUCGAGGCUCAGCAGCAGGCCGCCCGUGCAGCUGCCGCGCCUGCCCCUCCCGGAGCUUCGAAGGGACAGCCUCCCGCUCCCCCCCUUGUGUCUCCAGCAGAUGUGAAAGCUCGAAAUUUCAUGGUGGCGCUGCUGAAGCGCGACGGGGGUCCGUCGUUGCCGCCUCCAGAGCUCGAGCAGCGGCGUCUGGCCGAGCCUGCGCGUGGAGAGACAUCCGGCGCGAAGGCAGAAGACAGGCAGGCUCCAGAGCUGAGUCGGAAGGGCGCCGCUGCGCCGACGGCUGGACGGGUGCUUGCGGAGACAGAGGUCACGGAGGGAGACGAAAGCAUGCUAAGACCCUUUCUGGCGAAGAGAGGAGACAGCGUGGGCGACGAGUAUCAGGAGGCGCAGUACACUCAGCAGCAUGUGAUUUUCCGAGGUCCCGCCUUCCGAGCCUUCCACGAACUAGUCAACGCGACGAAGGAGAUCAAUCACCUCAAGGAGCAGGUGGAGGCGGCGAGCAGAGAUGAGGAGGAGAUCACCACGCUGCGAGAGCGCCUGCAGACUUUGUUAGACAAAGAGACGAAGAACUCGGAAUCGCACCUUGAGAGAGCUUGCGCGAUACGGCAAGCACUCAACUCUAUUAGUAUCGUUUUCAGAGCUGCCCAGCGUCGCCUGAAGACGCUGUUUUUCACCAAACUGAACGCGGCGGCAGGUGCAGCGAUGCCUCGGGCUGUCGGGACUUCUGCGGCACUGAGGGCGAUAUUGGGAGGCGAUUCCAAGGUGACACGUCUUGGCUUCGGCCUUCUCCGAGAAGUUGUUCUGCGUCAUCUUCGACAGGCGUGGAACCAGUGGACUCGCUAUGUGAAGCCGAGAGACGCCCCACCUGGGAGAGGAGCUGGAACUGGAAUAGGCACGCUGGAAGACGAGAAAGCCACAGCAGCGAUCAUGGCUUUGCGAGAGGUAGAGGAUGAGGCGGAGGCCCUCAAAAAAUAUAACGAAGAAGAAAAGCGGAAGCUCGCCGAGGUAGCCUCACGUCUCGAGCGUUGGCGGCGACAACUUGUAGCCGCGCAUGACGCAGUUAUUCACUUACGGGAGAAUGAGACUAAGCGUUGCAAGAGCGGGGUAAGAGAAAAGGAACGAGGCGACCGUAGAAGGCCUCGGACAUCCUCUACGCUGGACUCUGCAGAAGACGAUGCUCAGGCACCGGACGUGCUAACGCGUCUCAAUGCUCUUGUCCACACUGAAAUGCACCGUCUCGGAUUGCGGUUCGAGAACCCGCGGGCUGGUUUCGGUGGUGACUCGACUCCGCAUUUGGAAACGCGGAAUCGUGAUCCUUUUCGCCGUAUACCACGUUCAUUUCAAACGGAGAAUAUAGGCCACUUGCGGCUCUUGCACGGCGACGCGAAUGGGAGUUUCCCAGAAGAUCGUCUUUCCUCGUUCCUUGAGUCGAGGACUUCGGAUAACGGGUCAGUUCGCUCUGCGCGAGGACGUGGUGUGCGCCGCAGGCGUUCUUUGGAUGAAAAUGGGAACAAAGCUCUGUCGGGAACGGAGUCGGAUACUUCUAGUGUAUCGGAGAGCAUAUCCAGUGGACGCAGUUCCUCGACUUCGAGCGAAGGCAGUGGGGCACUUUCCUCAUCGGAGAAACGUCGGGCUUCUAGCCGGAUGUCUGGAGAGAAUCCCAGCCGCAGAAACAACACGGUAGACGAGGGGGGGCGGAGGAAGAAAAACUUCGAUAAGGCAUGCGAAGAUGCGGAGAUCAUGCACGAUUUGGCACCAGCGACCAGAGGUCAGCCGUCAAAAUCUGGAGACCAAGCAAGCAGUCAGGUGAGCGUGGUGAAAGGAACCCUUCCAGCGAGCCGCAUAGUGAAAACGAGACCGAAACCACCGCCUCCACCUGGUGCUUCGGAGCCUGCAACCUUUGUAGGUGGGCAGCAGAGAAAACUUCAGCCAGCCAGUGGCACGGAGACGUCUCAGGACGAUCUUGAAUCAGCCCCUUCCACACGUAGCUCAUGUUCCGGGAAAGGACCCAAAGGAACCGGUGCACCAACCGGGUCAACCGUUAUUUACGCAGAUGCGCACCACACACAAGCAUCGGCAAAAGCGAAGAACGCCGUUCAGGCAAAAGUCAAAAUGGAACGAGACAGACAACGAACCGCCACUAUAGUGGUCGGCGCCGGUCCGCCAAUUUUGGCACCGAAGUCCCUCGUGAACGGGCCGAAAAGUGGACCAAAACCGAAGCAAUAG